AUAUAUGCAUCAUGCUUUUUCGGAGAUUAAAAGUGCCACAAUCCGCUUGUUUUUGUCGACUACAGCAUUCAUUUGUCAACAAAGAAACCCCAAAAGUUGUUAAAAAUCGUCUCAGUAAACGUCUUGUUUUACGGACCGUUCAGCCAUCUGAAAGGAAAUCACGUGAUCUUGUUCUGCUCUUUGAAUGGUUAUAUCCUAACUCCAAAGCUGUUGACAAGUACUGCAUGUUAUACCAUGAACUAGGGUUAAAUGUCUUGACCAUACAUGGACAAUUGCAACAUUUUCUGUGGCCGUCACAGUCGGCCAAAUUAUCCCAGGAACUCUUAACUUUCCUUAAACACAAAAGGAAUCCCGAGGAAGAUAAAUAUAUUGUCCAUGCUUUCUCUGUUGGUGCUUACAAUUUUACCACGUGUUCAAUGCAAGCUACAAGUCAACGAAAAGAUUUUGGAUUUUUCCGGGAUAACAUUCGUGCUCAGAUUUUUGACAGCAUAGUAGCCGGAAGUUAUGACCAUAUGUCUACCGGAAUAGGUGAAGCAUUCUCUCUCCCUCGUCCUUUAAGAAAACCAUUACAGAUUACUAUGGACUCUUUCUAUAAACUAACAAAGAAACACACAACAAACAUUUACGAUGAUAUGGUUAAUCACUUUUGGCAAUGUCCAGUGAAAGUUCCAACUUUGUUGAUAUACUCGGAAAAUGACCCAAUGUGUGAUCCUUCCUACAUGGAAAAUAGGAUGACAAAAUGGCAGAAAGACUUUCCUGACUUUGACGUGACGUCAGUUUCGUGGAAGAAAUCGGUGCAUGCUGCUCACAUUAAGAUACACCCAGAGGAUUAUAUGAGACAUUGGAGGAUUCUAAUGAGUAAAGUAGGUCAUGGGCUUUCGGAGGAAACGAAAACCUCAUAAUGUGCAUGAUCAACAGAAUUGACUCAGGAUAUUUUCAUUGAUAGGAAAUUAUAUUAUUCAUUAAUUUGUUAAAGUUUACAUACAGACUACUGCAUCGAAUACUUGAGAGUAAUGUUCAUAUUGAAUGUUUAUUGAUGUUAAAUGUUUAUUAUAUGUAUUCAAACAUUA